CUCAGAGUUUGGGAAGUUGUUGAGAAUACUCCUUGGGAGGUUCGAUUUAAAGUUAUAAAUCACAAGUUUGAAGCUCAUUAAUAAAGAAUUAAAAUGGUUAUUCAUGAAAAUAAAAGAUCAUGGGAUACGGGAGGAUUCCUCCCCCAUGGACACCGAGUGAAGAUCUUUUAGGCAGGACGUGGCACCAGAAAGCUAACAGAACCAUUUGUUUCGAGCGUAAGCAUCGGAGAUCAACCAAAAUGGCAAAUUUGUUCCCACAGAAAGCCAUGUAUAGGGCAACCUAUACAACAUAUGCUGGGAAAAUACCCUCCAUGCCUGGGAGUAGCCUGCAGGGGUAUGACAACGUAAUGCAGUACCCUCAUAUAGAGGCCUCGCCAACCAACAUACAGCUAAGCUUGUCGCCUCCCGUUCCUGCUGUGGAAUACGUGCCCACAGCAAACCAAGAGUAUGUUUUUUACCAGCCGUCGCAUGUCCAGCAAGUACUUCCUGUUUACCCCGGCUUACACAUGCAACCAAAUUACAUCCCGCACCAGCUGCAAAGUGCGCCUUUCAUGGUGUGGGAGAGUCCAUCUCAGAAUGCAAACUUCAUUACACCUUUGUCUCAGAAUGGAAUGUACCAACCUAUCCAUAUUAUAGAUGCACAUGAGCAGUACAUUCAGAAUGAAUAUGCAGGUUUAAAAACAAAUGAGUACAUAGAAGCAUAUCCUAGAAACAGUCAACAGAUACAAGGAAGACAUGGGUCCAAUGGCGUAUAUCCGCCAGGUCAGCUGGAGUCGUCAAGUGUUAAACCUCCAGCCAAGAAAAUUCAGGAACUAGCUGGAAACAAGACUACGCCUGAGUCUCAAGCCAACAAUUUUCAGACUUCAAAUGAGCCUGGUCUUACAGAACAGAAAGUUGUGCAAACAGAAAAUGUCACCAUUAAAGACUUGGCCUUUGAAUUUGUGGAGUCAUUUUGCCCACAUUUGGGUAACGAGACAUACUGUUUACCACCUAUUAAAAGAUCCAAGCAUCCAGACAAGUCCAGCAAAUUGCUUGUGUUGAGCAUGGAAAGUGAGAAAAGAGUGUUGGGCUCUUUUGAAAGGUUUUUCUGUGAGAGAAAAAUGCCUGUUUUUAUGCUGUGUCACUACCCAGUCUCUGGCUUUAUGGCAGUUUAUAAAAAUCAGAUCAAUAACAGCUUACACAGAGAAGUGAAAAAUCUGGCCAACACUAGAGACACAGUGACCCUGCUGCUACUGUCCAGCCAGUUCACCCUGACUGUCGUCACUGUCAGCAUCAUCAGCGGCAACUCUGACUUUGCUUACAUCCAAGCUGGGGUCAUGAAGGCCAUCACCCACAUGAAGCGCUGCAGGGCCUCCGUGUCUCAGUGGCUGGUGACCUUAGGGAUCAGGUCAGAGGUCAAGGAAGUCAUUGCUUUCCCUAAUUUAAAGAAAGCUAUGAUGCAGAGGAUUACCAAAGAAAGGUUUUUCAAGCAGAGCUAUGGAACAUUAUGCACCCUACAUGUGGAUGAUUUAUCUGCCCCUUUUGAAGAGGAAUGGUCGACUGAUGUGUACAGAGAACGUUUUACUGAGUGGAUGAAGGCAAAAGUUUUGUGCAACACCAGCAGUCUCCUGACUAAAGAUGACCUGGCUUUACUGGUCGGGGCCUUGCUGUCCCCAAAGUUGUCUACUGUUGAAUAUGUUAAAGAUUUGACCACAAUUAGCCCAGUUACAAAUUCACCCUUGCGGUCUGAGAGUCCAAAGGGCAGCACUGAGAACUUAGGUCAGCUAAAAUUAACAAUUGAUGGUGUGACAAGAGGUUUUGAUGAGUUCAUGGACGACUACGUCAGCUGUUACUAUCCUGAUGUUGAUACCAAGAGCUACCGUGUUCCACCCAUCCACUUCAACAUACAGUCUUUUCAUAAACCUGAGGAAUACAUAAAGAAACACAAAGAAAACCUCACCACGAAGGACGAGGAAAGUGAUGAUGAGAUGGAUGAAGCUGGUUUUAUGCCACAACGCCCAGCAAACUUAGUCUGGUCUCCUUAUUUGUAUAGCACGCCAAAUAACAAUUCUGUAGGGAUCAACCAAGAAAGGGUACCUUCUCCGUUCAACAUUCCACAUGAUAGUUCACAAGAGGCUGAUGUAAAAAUAGAUAUUAAUGAUCUCCCGCAUGCAAACUCACUACCCAAAGCCAAAUCUGUGAAACAAGAGCCGCAGCUUUCUGCUAAUGUGUUUCAUCCUAAAGAGCCGUCAACAGCUUUGGUCAAGUUGGCCCACAAUGACAACUACCAGAAGUUUGAUCCCAAGCUCUACUUUUUGCUCACAACCUUGCCAGUCUCUACACCUACUGCUGGCAGUGGUAAAAGUGUUGGAACUUUGGCAUCAAGAGCCAAGUCCCCCACCAGAGCAGGAAAAAUUUCAAAGAUUAAAGUUAGUGAGAAGGGGAAAAGCACCAGUGAGGCUCUUCAGUUAAAGGUGCUAAAGGAUGUUGAAAUUCUGGCUGAAGUUAUGAAGAAGGACACCAGAGCAGAUGAAGGAGAAAACCGUGUCAUUAGUGCACUAGAGAUCAUUGGUCAGUAUGACGAGCCAAUGUUCAUCAUCUGUGGCUACCAGUACAACAACUACUUGAACAAGCUGAGGGAGGAGAUGUUUUCUAAAGGAGAGACCAACAGACCAGUCAGGGCGUUUGGCCAGACCAUGAGGGCUGAGCAUGACUGUCUCAUUUUUCAUAAACAAUAUGGUGCUAUUAUCAUCUGUAUAAAAGCCAUUGGGGACAAUUUCACUGACUGGGAUGCAAGCGAGGAACAGAAGAUGGAGUCCACCAAAAAAAUCUUGGAGAAAGCCCUGAAGCAGCUGAAGCGCGAGGAGGACAUGAUUCAUCACGUCAUUCGUGAUGUCUGUGAGCUCACAUGCCACAAGUUGAUUGCCCUGCCCAAUUUGAUGAGGAAAAAUGUUAAAGCUGCUCUACAGAAGGACCCUAAGCUGUUAGAGGAUAUCAAUAAACUGACCAAAGGCUAUGGUGCAGAUUUGCUACUUUGUCAAGACGAGCUGUCAGAAAAGAACACGCCCAUAUGGGACUUACCUGAAGGCAAGCUUUUCAUGCUGAAAGACUGGUGGGAUAAGGUCAAGAAAGCUCUCAUGUCAGAUUGUAAAGGGCUGGAGAAUAGAGUCUACAGGCAGAUCAUUGGAAGAUAUUGUGGCCUGUUGUCCACUGUUGAAGUCUGGAGCCCCAGCAACCCACGAGUUGAAGUCCGGAGUUUAUCCGAGGCCGUCAACCUGUGCUCAAAACGUUUCUCCAAACUUGUCUUGCUCCCUCACCAGGUGGAGGUACUCAACUCAGAUCACAAACGGCUUUUCCUCUACGGCCCACCUGGCUCAGGGAAGACCCUGCUGCUUAUUUUAAAAGCCAGGGAAUGGCUUUUAGCAGGGAAAACUGUCAUCCUGCUAAACAUUAGACCAGGCUCAGUCAACGGAUUUCCAUACGCUUAUGGCAUUUUGGACAGGCUUAAAAAAAUGAUGACGCCAUUUAAUGUGCCCAUCAAUAAACUGAUAAUGAUUAAUGUGGAUUCUCUACGGUUCCAGUCCAACGACCUGUCUCAGAUUCUCCCCACAUGUUGUGUGAUAAUGGAUGAAGUGACGCCAUCCGCCCACCCUAUCAUUGAGCACCUUAGUUGUCUUCAAGUGCAGCACAUCUGGUGCGCUGGAGCCUUCAAGGAGGACCGGCCAGUUACAGCUCACUCAUUCCACGCUUGUAAGAUGGACAAAAUCCUCAGGUGUCCUCCCAUUGUCCAGACCAUACUGAAACAUACAGAGGAGGAUGUUAGACUUGGGAGGCCGUACGCUGACAUCUACCAGGUCAGCUCGUUUGGACAGCCUCAAUCUAAACUAAACCUAACACAGUCAGAGAAGUCUGUUGAAAUAGACACGGUGAAACAUAACUGGUCAACUGAUUCUUCACACUACGAUACCACAGGAAUCAACAGUAGAGGAAACAGUGAUACCAAUCUCACAGAGAAGUGUAUAGUCACUGUCCAGGGAAAUAACUCUGAUGUUGUAUCAGAAAGUCACAAUGAAGGAGCUGGUGAGGUGGAUGAGUAUGAUCCUGAUGUGUUGAACAAAAGACUCAUGGCUAAAUAUAAACCAAACUCACAGAAACAUAACAGCCCUAGACCAGAAUCAAGUGAAGUAACUGAUAAAGUUUACCAAUUUAAGUCUGAAAUUAAAAAUAGGAGUAGCCUUUUUGAUAAAUAUGAACUUAAAGACAGAAGUAGCCCUUCAGACAAAGUUAAAGACACAACAGAGAAAGAAUCCAAUGAAGAUCAGUACGACCCAGAUUCAGUGAAUGAGCGCCUGACAUCCAAGUACAAACCCAAGUCCCAGCUCACCAGCCCUGCGGUGCCGGACGUUCCCCCCAACUCUACUGCACCAAAGAACUUGUCCCACUACUCAACCAGCAGUGUGGAGCUCGGCCUGGCCACCGACGGCCCUCGGCCACACAUCAUUGACCACAGCAAACACCUGAGGUCUCUCAAACCUUUAGACUGCGAGGAAUGCGCAGACGACCUGGCCAACUUUUUAUUCAGCAUGGUCAAGGUGGACGGCAACUAUGAUCUUGACCACAGGCAACAGCCCAGCAAAAAUAAAUACGCUUUCAAGUACUCCAGUGGUUAUAGUAAUAAAGCUAAAAUCAUAAAGGGAGGGGAGACGACCAUAUAUUCCAACUCUUCCAUGAUCCAUACGAAAUCAACCAACAAUUCUUCUGGUCAUAAACUGGGGACAUUGUUUGACAACAAAGCCCUCUUGUGGUCUGAUGUUUUAAUUGUGGCCAACGAGGUGGAACACGACUCCACUUUUGUAGCCGAGCUUUUGAAAAGAAAAAUCCCAGUUGAAGUUGUGAAAGGGGCAGACGCGCACAGGAUAGAAACAUCCAAGGAGCGCAAGCUGUUUGUGACGACGUACAAGGAGGUGAAUGGCAUCGAGAGGUCUCUGAUUGUGUUUGUGCCGUCAGAGCUGCCUGACCAGCAUGCGGAGACAAAAGUUUAUGACCUGCGGGACCUUCAGCUUGGACAUUGUAUCCAGAGGUUCUCAGAGUAUGACAGGAUGGCCCUCUGGCAUGUUGCCUCGCGUAGUCUCUCUGCCCUUGUCAUGAUUCUACCUUAAGACAUGUCUCUUCAAUUUGAUUAUCAAAACAACAGAUCUUUGUAACGGAGAAUAUUUCCAGCGAGAUAUCACUUAACUUUGUGUGGAUUACAUAGUGAUAUCUAUUACAAAAUUAAGAAAACUACAUACUGUGGGCUAUAAAUUCCAAAAGUUUUAUUUUUUUAUCCAUCCCAUAAUAAUGCUUGAUUAUUUUUUGUUAUUUGGCACAUGUAGAUAUUGACACAAUUGACAUCUUUUGGUAAUAAAUUGUGAUCAGGGAUUUUUUAUUUAGCGGUUUUGAGUUAUCAGCAAAUUUUUAGGCAUUCACUGCACAUUACAAACAUCUUUUAAUACAUACUGACUUUUGUAUUCUUUACUUAAAUUAACACAGUAUUAAUGAGAAUUUUAUACUUUUUUCAUACAUUUUUAAAUCAAUUUUUAGAUACAGUAACAUUUUAUUUUUCAUUUACACCCAUGAAUAUUUACUUUUUAUUAAUUUUUACUCCAUUUUAUAAAAGAAAGCAGGAUUGUUACUAAAGCAGUCUUUUAAAAUAGUUCUAGUCAUUUGUUAAAGCUUGUUAUUAGUAUACUUGAAACUUAUACAGCACUAAUUAAUCAAAUAUUUACAAUAUAAUGAUGUACUCCAAGUUCAGGCUUAUAAAUAAGUUUAUGCUGUAAUUUUAUGCUUAAAUUAUACUGGGUUUAUGUUUUUACUUUUUUUAAAGCAAUUAUUUC